AUCAAUUCUUUUUCAGGUUAGUUGACAAAUGUCAAAAAGGCGAGAAUGGAUGAGAAGACGUUUGAUGGAAAACGGGUGGAUUAAUCCGGAAUUUUUAUACGCACAGGGAGCCUUUGUUCCAGGAAGAUCUCUCGUGGAUAACUUUCUGCUUGCACAACACCUCGUCAGAGAUUAUGCUGUCAAGAGAUCUACCCCUAGCUGCUUGAUUAAAUUGGAUAUAACUAAGGCCUAUGAUACUGUUUCCUGGAGUUUUUUAAAGGAUGUUAUGGCUGGCCUGGGCUUUCCUUCAAGAUUUAUCUCUCUUGUCAUGGAAUGUGUUUGUUCUGCCUCGUCUUCUAUUAUGGUUAAUGGAGACAGUCACGGUUUCCUCCCAAGUAAACGGGGCUUGAGACAAGGAGACCCAAUGGCCCCCACCCUUUUCCUUUUCUGUAUUGAGUAUUUUUCCAGAUUACUCAACAAAAAGGCUAAAGAGGGGUCUUUUAACUACCACAAGGAUUGUGCUGGUUUGGGCAUCACGCACCUGGCUUUUGCUGAUGAUCUCAUGUUGUUCUCUAGAGGAGAUCUCCAUUCUGUUCAAGUCUUGAUGGACGCACUGGACCAUUUCUCUAGAGUUUCUGGGCUGACCCUGAAUCCCACUAAAUCCAACAUCUUCCUCGCUGGAAAAUACAGGGACAGUAGUCAUGCUCUUUUGGCUCUUGCCUCCUUUCCUCGUGGUCAGCUUCCUGUUAGGUACUUGGGCCUUCCUCUUGCUUCUCAAAGGAUAUCAGAGAAAGACUUUUCACCGCUCUUCAAAACUGUGGAAGGUUAUUUGUCUAAAUGGAGUACCCUUAAACUCUCUUAUGCUGGGAGAUUGGAACUGGUCAGGGCUGUUAUACAAGGGGUGCAAUCCUUUUGGCUUCAGGUGUUCCCGGUCCAAAAAUACGUUCUUGACCGCAUCACCUCCCUCUGUAGAAACUUCCUCUGGGGCAGUAAACUUGCAAAGUGGCAACCCAAGAAGAGGAAUUCUGUUUUGCUCAAGAGGUUAGCCCAUGUACGAGAGCUUUUGGUCCAAAAGCUGGCUAACUGUAAUUCCAAUAUGGACAUGGCUAUGCAACCCUACUGUUCGGCAGGUUUUCUUAUUCCCAGGAAGAUCUAUGAUUUAUUUAGGGCAAAGGCCAACCCCAAGCCUUGGAUGGCUUUUAUUUGGCAAAGUUUCAUUCCUCCUAAGUGCUCCUUUACGAUAUGGCUAGCACUUAGGAGGAGACUGCCCACCAAAACCAACCUGGAAUUCCUCGGAGUGCCCAUGGAAUGUACCUUCUGUGCUCAAGAGCUUGAAGAUGUGGACCACCUGUUCCCUGCGCGGUUUCUAAAGACGUUUGGAGGGCUGUCAAAGACUGGCUACGGAUGGAAGGGCAGUUGAGUACUCUCCCUAGAGCUAUCAGGUGGCUGAAGGGCUUUAAAAGAGGAGAUGGAAUUCUCAAAAAGGCAAGGAAGAUUGCCUUAGCAUGCACGGUUUUCCACCUAUGGAAACAGCGCAAUGUUGUUUACUUUGAUCAUGAACCUCUAUGUGUUGAGACUAUGGUUUUUAAAAUCAAGGUUAUGGUCUUUU